AUGUUUAGUUAUCUCAUUGUCGGCGCCGGCCCUUCCGGGCUCUGCGCGGCCAAGACAAUCCUUGAGUGCGAGCCUGAUGCGGAUCUGAGGAUCCUUGAUGCGAACAAGACCGUUGGCGGCGUCUGGGCCACGGAGAACCUCUACCCGGGCCUGAAAACCAACAAUUUGCGUGGCGGAAUCGACUUCUCUGACUUUCCCAUGGAUGACAGCUUUGGGGUCGCCGCAGGAGAGCAUGUUACCGGAGAAGCAAUGCACGAAUACCUCAGAGCCUACGCCGAACGAUCCAAUCUUGGCCAUCUGAUCGAUUUUGAAACUUCGGUGCAGGAAAUCUCGCCUCUGGAGGGCCAACAGGGCUGGAAUCUGAAGGUCCAGACCAACUCUGGCGCAGCUGGCAUGGCUGUAACGCUACAAACCAAGAAACUGAUCAUUGCAACUGGUAUCACGAAUGUGCCGCAUCGUCCUCUCCUCAUCGGCUCCACAACCUUUGAUGGACCUAUCAUACAUUCUGCCGAACUAGGAGCGAACGCGUCGUUUGUGCAUGAAGAUGGCCCAUUCAAGAAGAUUGCAGUCAUAGGAGGAGGGAAAUCCGCUUUCGACGCCGUCUUUAUCGCAGGCAAGGCAUACAAAACCGUGCAAUGGAUCAUGCGCAAGUCUGGCAAAGGCCCUGAAUGGAUUUUCCCGGCACAUACAAAGAUUGGCCCCUUCAAAUUCGUCCGUGAACGUCUAGCGACGCGUCGCAUUAUCAGUUGUUUCAGUCCCUGUCUGUGGGAAGACGGCAUGGGCUGGAUCCGCCAUUUCCUCCAUUUCAACAACAAGGGAAAGCAAAUCACACAGAAGUUCUGGGCCAAUCUGUACAAGCAGACACUUGCACAAUGCAACAUGCUGAGCCAUCCAUACACUGCUGCUUUGGAGCCUGAGACAAGCCCAUUCUGGUACGGCACCGCCUCCGGCGUGUACAGCUACGAUCCCACCAUCUACGGCAUGGUCGCCGACGGCCAAAUCAGCAUCUACCGGGAAGACAUUUCCUAUUUGUCCAAGCACAGCGUCAUACUGGCCAAUGGCACAACUGUCCGUGCCGAUGCAAUCAUCACGGCAACAGGAUUCUCAGCCAAACCCACCAUCAGAUUCACUCCGUCCAAACUGCAUUCUGAUCUAGGCAUCCCAUCUGACUUCCUUACCCCCGAACAGCACGAGUUCUGGAAUGCAUUGAACAACAAGGCCGAUGCGACCAUUGCCGCGAAAUUCCCCCAACUCAUCGCAGGACCGACCAUAACAUCCACUGGUAGCUCGUCGGCAGCAGCUCGCGAUUGCCGCAACUACAACCCAAGUAUCGAUCGGGACCUGUCCAAUAGGACUCCAUGGCGUUUGUACCGCGGCAUCGCACCACCAGGUCUGACGGCGCAAGGCGAGCGCACUAUUGUUUUUGUCGGCAUGUUCUCCAAUCUGGCAAACACUCCUCGCUGCGAACUCCAGUGUCUAUGGGCGUAUGCGUAUCUCAAUGGACAUCUUGACAACAAAGACAACAACAAGACCAGUCGCAAGGGCAAUGGCAAAGCCAAAGCUAAAGCCAAUGGUGCCGCCGGUGGAGGUGGUGUCACUGGCUCAGGUGCAACAGGUAAUACAGUUGCAGGUGGUAUGAUAGGCGACUUUGAAGCAAUCUUCGAAGACACGGCCCUCAUGAGCCGCUACGCCAAACACCGUGCCCCCUAUGGCCACGGCAACGCAUUUCCCGAUCUCGUGUUCGACCAGUUGCCUUAUAUGGACCUGUUGCUCCAGGAUCUCGGCCUCAAGUACUGGCGCAAGAGUAAUUGGCUCAGCGAGCUUUUCGGAUCCUACGUCAGUUCGGACUAUGCUGGCGUGGUGCAGGAGUGGAUUCGGGCGAGAGAUUUGAACAACACUAUUAAAACGGACUGA